UUGGGCUUGCUAGCCUUCUUCCACCUGCUGCUGCUCCAUCUGCUGCCAUUAGUUUCAAGCUUAGUCAAGCCCUUGAAUGUGUCUCACCAGCAGUUCCGGUACUAAAUCUAUCAGCAAAUAUUGCACAGUUAGCAGGCUGGAAAUUCUGGUCAGCGUUUCGAAGGGCCUUACUCUCCUGAUCGUUGUGAUCGCGAUUAUGGCGGAACGGCUACUCAGAGCCAUACCUUGGGGAACGAGCCCAGAUUUGAGCCUGGAAGAGAGGCUCGUGCCGGCAGGAUCCUCUUCAGAACUGACCAACGGGGAAAGAAUGUCGUCGACGGAACCGUUGGAUGCAGGAUGCGACGAUUUCUGCAAGCAGUGGUCGCGAAGCAAGCGACGAGUCGCGUUAUUCGUGGAGCCUUCGCCGUUCGCAUACGUCUGUGGUUACAAGACGCGAUUCCAAAAUUUCAUUCGCCACUUACGGGAUAUGGGUGACGAGGUGCUCGUGGUGACGACUCACAAGGGAGCUCCCAAGGAAUUCCUGGGAGCUAAAGUGAUUCCUUCUCUAAGUUUCCCAUGCCCGUGGUACAUGAAUGUUCCUCUCGCGCUGGGGAUCAGCCCACGGAUCGUCUCUGAAGUGGCCAAGUUCAAGCCUGACAUCAUCCACUCCACUUCGCCAGGAAUCAUGUGCUUUGGAGCCAUGGCAACAGCAAAGCUGACGCAAACGCCCUUCAUGCUCUCAUAUCACACACACGUCCCAGCGUACAUACCCAAAUACACUUUUCCAGGACUAGUGGAGCCCAUGUGGAAAGUCAUCCGGUUCUUGCAUCGAGGGGCGGACCACGCCAUCACGACGUCGCAUGAGCUGGCCAAGGAGCUUAAAAUGCACAACGCCAUAGCAGGCGGCAGCAGGCAAAUGGGAGUGUGGCCCAAGGCUGUGGAUUCUGAGAAGUUCAACCCGCGGUUUCGAGACCAGGAGACACGCAAAUUGCUCAGUGGUGGAGAGGUGGAUAAGCCACUGAUUGUGCAUGUGGGGCGUUUGGGAGCGGAGAAGAACCUCCACCUGCUCAAGCCCAUGCUGGACAGGCUCCCAGGGGCACGCCUUGCCUUCAUUGGAGAUGGACCCUACAGAGGCGAGCUGGAACGACUGUUUGCCGGCACGCCCACCGUCUUUGCGGGCUUGAAGCAGGGGACCGACCUCUCCCACGCAUUCGCAUCCGGAGACGUCUUCAUCACCCCCUCCGAAACAGAGACCCUGGGAAACGUGGUUCUUGAAGCCAUGGCGUCAGGUGUCCCUGUUGUCGCCGCCCGGGCAGGUGGAAUCCCAGAUAUUGUCAACAGAGAGGGGCAGAACGGGUUCCUGUUCACGCCAGGGGACGUGGACGACGCGGUCGGCAAGCUGCGGCAGCUAGUGGCGUCGAGGAAAAUGCGGGAGGAGAUGGCAGGGGUGGCUUUACGGGACGCGGAGGCGUGUGAUUGGAGGGCGAGCACUCAGACAGUGAGGAAUGAGCACUAUGGGAGAGCGGUCUACUCGUUCAUUCGCAAGGGGCAGAUGAUUCUGAGGAGCAGGAAGCCGCUGGCUGUGGCUGCACCUGCCACUGUGUUCCCCCCCGGGCCUCGUGACCUGCGAUGAGCUUUCUGUGACACGCAUUCAUGCUUUGGUUCCACCACUCUUCGCUUCUGCUCUGCUGCUGCUCCGAUUUCUACAGCUGCUGCACCUGCCACUGUUCCCCCCCCGGGCCUCGUGACCUGCGAUGAGUUCGCUCACUCACGGUCUAUCCGUCAGCACUACCAGCACCACUCCUCCCUUUUGCUGCUCCUUCUGAACGCCUGUAGCUGCACCUGCGACUGUGUCCUUCAGCAUCACCAAUACUGCUCCUCCCUUGGCUGCACCUUGGUUCUGCUGUGGUUGCAUCUACGACUCUCUUAUUCCCCUUUCCCCCGCUCCGGACCUUGGCACUUGGGAUGACAGCUCUAACACCAGGUGCUGUUGCGGCUCUCUGCUUGCCUCUACUUUCUUUCCCGCGCAGAAAGGGUCUAUUUCCCCUGCCAGUUUUGUUUGCUACAUAGUAGUCAUGCAUACUCCUGCAUUUUUGUUACAGCCAGUCAGGCGCUCAGUGGAACAGUCGUUCCUGGUCAUGCCCCAGUUACGGUAUCAAUACAGGUCAACCUUUAUGAUUCGAUUAAGUCAGUUAUUGAUGCACUCUUUGGCCUUUGGUUUGGUCCGCUACAUGCACAUAGCAGUACUGCUAAGAGAAAGCAGUAGCGUACGCUACCUGAAAAGGCACAUCCUAGCAAGUCACAUUCUUGCACCUCUCUGCA